AUGUCCACCCCAAAGGUCACCCUCUACUUCGACCUCCUAAGUCCAUUCAGCUACGUCGCCUUCCACAUUCUCAAAAACUCUCCCAUCUUCUCAAAAUGCAACAUAACCUACACCCCAAUCCUCCUCCGUGACCUCUUCACCAAAUGCCAGAAUACGCCCCCGAUUGCUGUUAAGAGUAUAUACACCCCCCUUUCUACCCAUUUCCACUAUCAAGAAUCCCCGAAUCCAGAACUAGAAUCCAGAACCUACAGCCCAACAUCCACAGAAAUAACCCCACCCAAAAACCAAGCUAACAAGAUGAUACCAGACAAAUCAACCUGGAUAAACAAAGAACGCCUCUACUGGUCCAAACGGUUGAAGCUUCCCAUGUGUGAAACUCCGCCGCCGGGGUUUCCCUUCCCGACUGUUGAGGUCCAGAGUAUACUACUCGUCCUCGGUGAGCGGUAUCCGGAGAAGUUGGCUUCAGUCGUGGAGCGGUUGUAUCUGGGACUUUGGGGAGAGGGCGAUUCACGGAUUGUGACUACUGAUGGGUUUAUGGGUGUGUUGGAGGAAGCCUUUGGGGGGAAGGUUGCGCGGGAGAUACUUCAGGCUUCAAAUGAACCAGAGACCAAGCUCCGUCUGACGGAGAAUACCACAAGAGCGUUCGAUACCGGAGCGUUUGGAUUGCCCUGGUUCGAGUGUGUGAAUUCUCGCGGUGAGACAGAGUGUUUCUGGGGCGUGGAUCAUCUAGCAGAGUGGCGGAGUUUUUGGAUUUGGAGAGGGGGGAUGCUAGUUGGGGGUUUUGAUUAA